ACGAACAAUGAACAAUCAUUUCUCUCUCUAAAAAACAGCAGUCAGAUUUUCACGAAACACGAAGCACAUCAAAACCAGAGGCAAAUUCCAAAAACAAAUAGAGAGACAAAAUAAACAGAACAAACACCACCCGGAUAAACUAGGGUUUCGAGUCCCCUCCCCCUCCCCCCUCCCCCCUCCCCCUCUCCAAUUAUAUUUUCCUUUACACCCUCAAUCUCCAGCUACAGGGAAAUUUAUUUUCCGCUUCGGAUCAGAAAAUAUAGACAGAAGGCACCUCGAUUUUUCCCGGAGAGGUACCGGCUGAAGAACAAUUUCCCGGGAAAAAUUCAGGUCCACCCUUUUUGCCUACCCAGCGUCAAGGGAAUAUGUGGCGAUAAAAUUUUGAUCUGAAACCAUUAAUUUUUUCUUUUUUUCUUUUUCUGGGUGAGAUUGAGGAAAGAGAGGAAAAUCAUACAUUACCGGAAGGAAAGUUUAUUAGUAUAAGGCGGAGGUGCUGGAGCUUUUUAUUUCUGAUACAUAUUUUUUUAAAGAUUUCUGUCGUUCUUCGUGUGAAAUUGGAUAAUUGGGUUUGAACUGUAAUUGGUGGGUUUGAGGUUGUAUUGAAUGUGUAUUGGUCCAUGGAGUCUGACAAUUCUCCCCCAUCAACGAGCCGGGUUAAAUGCUGUGACUGCGGCUGCAGCUGUUCAAUGAUGGACAGCUCUCUUUUAGGGACAAAUCGGUCUGUCAAGCGAAAAUAUGAUGAAGUUGAGGAAGAAAACCGGUUCACCAUUCCGGGGUUCAUCAUACCGCAAAAUGCCCGUAUCGAGAUAGAAAAUGAAUGUAUGGCACUGCGUGAAACAGUCAGCAGUCAGCAGCAGACUAUUCAGGAUCUCAUUUCUGAGUUGGAGGAGGAGAGGAAUGCUUCGUCUUCGGCUGCCAAUGAGGCCAUGUCUAUGAUUCUGAGGCUGCAGAGUGAGAAGGCAGAGAUUCAGAUGGAGGCAAGGCAGUUUAAGAUGUUUACAGAGGAGAAAAUGGCACAUGAUCAACAGGAGACAUUGGCACUGGAGGAUUUAUUGUAUAAGAGGGAGCAGACCAUUGAGUCACUUACUUGUGAGGUGCAGGCUUAUAAACACAGGAUGAUGAGUUAUGGACUCACGGAGGCCGAGGCUGAAGGAGUUGGUGGAGAUGGAGUAAAGGUUAUGAGCAGGAAUACUAGCAUGACUGAGAAUCUGGAAGGGCAAAUUUACUUUCCUCCUUAUGAGAUAUACCCUCCACUCAAGUGCAAUAUAAAUGAAUCCCAGGUCUAUCAAGAUGAUGAAGAUGAAGCUGCUGAUAUUGAGAAAUAUGCAUUCGGGGAAACUCCACGCUCUCGGGAUCAAUUAAAGGAUUUGGAGUAUCGAAUCAAUAUACUGGAGAAAAGUCCGAGGACCAUUCAGCCUGAUAGGGAAUAUGUUGGGACCAAAAAUGUGCUUGAAAAAGUAAUAGUUGGUCAAUCUCCUAGGUGGCCUAGGCACCUGAAGAAAAUUUCUACUGACAGCUCCAAUUCACCAUUUGCAAUUGUUAAAGAAAUGGGUGCAGAUUUUACCUCAGAUUCUCCAAAGCUUGGUAGCAGCUUUAGGAAGACAGAAUAUUCCCAUUUGGAUGUGAAUUCUACUUUGAGGAAGGUGGAUAAUGCAUCAGAAGUUGGAGAUGACAUGAGUGACAGAAUUUACACAAUUGAUUCCAUUCAUCAGGGAGCUUCAGUUCAUGGUGCCAUGGAUCACAAGGCUUCUGUUGGCAUUGGUGGUGAUUACUAUAUGACAACUCCCAGGGAGUCGGUAAAUCAAUCCGAUGGAAGAGACCUAGAGAUCCAGAAGCUAUAUGCAAGGCUUCAUGCUCUUGAAGCUGAUAGAGAAUCAAUGAGACAGUCAAUUAUUUCUAUUGGGACUGAUAAAGCACAACUGGUAUUGUUGAAGGAGAUAGCUCAGAACUUGUGCAAAGAAAUGUCACCAUCAAGAGAGAUGCCAGUGCAGAAGUCGGGGGUUAGGAGUUUUUCCUUCAUUUCAAUAUUCAAGUGGAUCGUUUCUUUUGUUUUCUGGAGAAGAAGAGCACGCAGAUGCAAGUACAUGUUUGGCUUAUCAACGAACAAUGCUGGCCUGCUACUGCUUUUGGACCGAGGUCCUCGUGUGGGACAGUGGAGAUCUGUAACAUCUGCAAAUAUGCGAGUAUGAUACUGAAUGCUCAAUACCCAAACUGUGAAGUGUGGUCGUGCAUUUGGACUUUGAGUGGGUUGCAAGUUAUUUGGUGCUUAGGAUUAUGGAUUGAGGUUUUUAUCUGGAUAUUUCGUUGCCAAUUGGAUUGGGAAUUCAUUAUCUUGUGCAGUGUUGUUUUACAUCGAUUUGUGGGAAUAGGAUACAUUUAGAACACACAUCCAUUUGUUGAUAUAGGAUAUAUUUUUUGGUUGCUCAGCAAAUUUAUGGAUACUGUAUAAUGUGGCAUUUGGGUUUGUGGAGAUUUAGUCGAGCUAUGUACCUUAGUUCCCAUCUGUAUAUUACA